AGUGUAUUAACUUUAUGACGUGAAAUUGGUAAGGGAAGACAAAAUAUGGAGAAUUUUGAAGACCUGAAAAGAGCAGUGGAGAGCGUAGAAAUGGUGGAUGCUCAUGCACACAACAUUGUGGCGCUUGACUCCACUCUCCCAUUCAUUAGCUGUUUUUCUGAAUUCAUAGGAGCCAAAACUGCAUCUGAUUCUCCUAAUUUCGUCAAUUUCCAGGUAAAUCUAAAUGAAAUUUGUGAACUGUAUGGCUCAAGCUUAUCCUUACAUGCUGUUGAGGAAUCUCGUCGAUGCUUAGGGUUUGAGGCGAGUGCUGCAGUUUGCUUUAAAGCCGCAAGAAUUGCUAUCUUACUUAUUGAUGAUGGAAUUAAAUUGGACCAAAAACUUGACAUCAAAUGGCAUGAAAGAUUUGUACCAACAGUUGGUAGAAUACUACAAGUUGAACAUGUUGCUGAAAAUAUCCUUGAGAAGGGUUCAAAUGGGAAGUCGUGGACACUGAGUUCAUUUGUGGAGACUUUCACUAAGGAAUUGAAGUCAGAAGGUGAUAAAGUUGUUGCCUUUAAAAAUAUUAUUGCACAUCGUAGUGUCCUUGCAAUUAAUACAAAAGUGACACAAAAGGAGGCUGAGGAGGGUCUGAUUGACAUUUUAUGCGCAGGGAAGCCAGUCAGAAUCUCCAACAAGAAUUUUAGCGAUUAUAUUUUUAUGCAUGCUUUGGAGGUGGCUAAAAAUUUCAACUUGCCAAUGCAGAUACACACAGGUUUGGAGAAGGAUUUAGAUCUGAGGCCAGGGAGUCCCCUUAAUCUUCCCAAUCUUCUCGAGGAUAAGAGAUUCACUAAGAAUCGAUUAGUGAUUUUACAUGCAUCAUUCCCUUUCUUAAAGGAAGCUUCAAAUCUGUCUUCCGUCUACCCUCAAGUCUAUCUUGAUUUUGGGUUGAGGGUUCCUAAGCCUAACUUUCAUGGGUUUGUGUCCUCAGUUAAAGAAAUUAUGGACCUUGCUCCCAUCAAUAAGGUCAUGAUCAACAGUAGUGGCAUCGCAUUUGCUGAAAGAUUUUACCUAGGUGGAAAGAAAGCACGUGAAGUCGUAUUAAAUUUUCUAUUGGAUGCAUGCUUCCAUGAUGACCUUUCAAUUACAGAAGCUAUUGCAAUUGUUAAAGCUAUUUUUGCCGAAAAUGCAAAGAAAUUUUACAAGAUUGAUGCUUCAUCAAUAUAUUCUGAUGUAGAACCUCAGUCUUUAUCAAAUCCCUUCAAAAAGGAAGACUUAAAUGGUCCAUUGACAGAUGUUACCGCUGUUCGCAUUAUUUGGGCAAGAAAUCAAGAAAUGGUGUUGGCUGAUAUGUUAACUGAAUCUGGUAAAGCAUGGCAAUAUUGUCCAAGAGAUGUACUUCGUAUAUUCACUAAAAUUUUGGAAGAUGAAUUUGGCCUGGUUAUGAAUGUAGGCAUUGAAGUUGAAUUUCACCUUUUUAAGAGUGUGUUAAAGGAUGGAAAAGAAACAUGGACCAGAAUGGACAAGACCUCUUACUGUUCUACAACAACAAUAAAUGUUGCAUCAUUAGUGCUUCAAGAUAUUCAUGCUUCUUUACACUCCUUCAAUAUUCUAGUCGAACAGUUGCAUCCAGAAGCUGGAAAAGGUCAGUUUGAAAUUGUGUUGGGAUACAUUGAUUGUGGUAGAGCAGCAAAUAACUUAAUAAGUACAGAUGAAGUAAUCAAAGGGAUUGCAAGGAAACAUGGGCUACUAGCAAGUUUUACCCCAAGGUAUAGCGAUGAUGAUGUUGGGUCAGGAUCGCAUGUACACAUCGGUUUGUUUAAGAAUGGAAAAAACAUAUUUAUGGCAUCUGGUGAGGCAAAUAGGUAUGGGAUGUCCGUGAUUGGAGAAUCAUUUAUGGCUGGGAUAUUAGAUCAUCUUCGUUCCCUAUGUGUAUUUACGAUGCCUAUCUCUAAUUAG